AUGGACACGGAGGGCCAACCCCGACGAUUCGUUGAGAGCGACAGCCCGGAUGGCGAGUUUCUGGCACGGGCUACUUACGACCCGGCGGCGCCUCUGCGUAGCCCAAGGCACAUGCUGCCUUCUUCGACUAGCCGAGUGGCCAUGGCCAUCGGCAAGCAUCGAAUCCUCGAGCCUUUUGACCUCGCGGAUCAGGACCACGAGAGCAUGCGGGACACUCUCUUGGGAAUUCUCCAGCAGGACCAGUGGUCCUGUCUUGCUGUUGUCCGCGUUGGUUUCAGAGGUGCCGACGUGUAUGAGUUUCCCGUCACCGUCCUGAUCUCGGUCAAGCCUUGUGCAAUGACUACUAGUCGAGCUGUCGAGAAUGUCAACAAAGCUGCCGAUUGCAUCUAUGGUUUCCACGAGCUUCGUGAUGUGGCAAUCGAAGUCGUCGAGGCCGGUUUCUCUCCUUCUCAUGAGAAGUACACCAUAUUGGAACUAGGCUGCGCUUUCGAAGACUGCUACUCUGCUAAUCCUGCCAUGGGCGCAAGUCUCGGUCUGUCCGGCAGUUUUGGCAGCGGCUCCUUGGGUGGCUACCUCCGACUGCGAAUCAGGUCCAAUGCCGAAGAGAAUGCCACAUACCUGGCUCUUACAUGUCAUCAUGUCCUGUCCGUGUGCAAGAUGGGCCAGACCCUGUUCCUCUCGCCAGCUCAAAUGCAACCGUCGAAUAAGACUGUGUUGGAGGACGGGAAAGACAUGGUUGAAGAUUCGCGACACCUUCAGCACCUUAAGGUUCUGCGAGACGCCAUGCAGAUCAAGCCAGCACAAGCGAAGGCUCUUUCUAAAGCCGAAGAGGAAGCAGCCCUAGACCGGGCUUUGCACGAGAAGGCUCUGGCCUUCAACACUCGUUUCGGCAAUGUCUAUCGUACCUCGGGACUUGGCAGAACGGCUGCUGGGUCGGAUUUCCUCCUCGACUGGGGCCUAGUCGAGCUGGAUGCAGAGCGAGUCAAGAACCCGGACGAUUUAUCUGCAUAUAAUGCACUCGACUUCGACGCCAUUCGAUACUGCAAAAAGGUGCUGCGCCCGCAAGCAAAGCACAUUCAAGUCAAUGCAGCAGAUAUCCAGAGUGGGACAGGUACCCUACGAGCAGAGGAGAUUCAGGGUCUUAUUGCCGACCCCGACAGCCCCAAGAAGGCUCUCGUGUUCAAGAUCCAUCCCAGUGUUCGCAUGGAGUACGAAAUUGAUGGGAAGACGAAGAUCGUCGUGGCCAAAAUGCUUCUGGCCGUGGCACCCAAGGGAACCAAGUGGUGGGUUGGCAGGGGCGGCAUCAUCAAUACCUUUGGCUACGAUGGCGAUUCGGGUUCCCCUGUCUACGACUACAGCGGCAAGCGGCUCGGCCCUACCGUCAAGGAUAUCCUUACUACCCUGCGUGGGGACCCCGGCUGUGCUGGUUGUAACCUAGAGAUCGACACCGAAUGGGAAGCGCCGGACGAACCGUAG